ACAAACUCUAACCUCUAUCCUUGCGUCUCGGCUGAAAUCCCAACUGCCUACCUUCCUUCUAAACUCAUCAAUGGAGGCCAGGCACGCAUGAUCUUGUGCACUCAACAAAAUCGUUAGCCGCCAUGGGUUGUGUCAUGUCCAGCUCCUCCACCCCAACUCCCUCCGCCACCGCCGCUGCCGCCGUCAAGCCUCAGACCGUCUCACCCAGGUCAGGCUCGCAUGUUCUACUUCUAUACAUCAACGUGUACCCGACAUACCAAGGGCUCGGCAACGGCAAGUGCGUCAAAUCGGAGACCUUCCUCGCCGGAGGCCGCCGCUGGUACGUCGAGUUCUACCCCGACGGCCAGGGCCCGCAGGACGCCGGCUGGAUAUCCGUCUUCCUCUUCCUCGUCCCGGCCGGCGCCUUCGAGGUCGUCACGACGCAGGUCAAGAUCAGCCUACUCGACGCUCACGGGAAGCCGGUGCCGUCCUACGGCCGCAGAGGUGGGUGGAGGUGCUGCACCUUCUCCAGCAAUGAAGGGCCGUGGGGUUACUCUCGGUUCAUCACCAGGGCUGAUCUGGAGAGAUUAGGUCACGUGUCAUGGGAGAACGGUGGUUUCGGUGUCCAAUUCGACAUCAUUGUGUCCAAGGAGAUUUCCACUGAGUACGUUCCUGGACGGAACCAUGAUCGCAUGCUAGUGCCGCCGUCGGAUAUCCUCCAUGAUCUCGGUCAGCUCCUCUCCUCCGGUGAAGGGGCGGAUGUCAUGUUCGAGGUCGGCGGUGAGAUGUUCGCCGCACACAGGUGUGUCCUUGGUGCUCGUUCCUCUGUCUUCAGGGCGCAGCUUCUGGGUCCAAUGAAGGAGAGCACAUCAAUGUGCGUGCAGAUAGAGGACAUGGAGCCAAAAGUAUUCCAGGCAUUGCUUCAUUUUACCUACACCGAUUCGGUGCCCGAUGUCGACGAUGCCGAUGCACUAGGGAUGAUCCAGCAUUUGCUUGUUGCCGCGGACAGGUACGGCCUCAAGAGACUGAAGUUGACCUGCGAAGAGAAACUAUGCGGUUACAUCAACACUAGCACAGUUGCCACUACAGUGGCACUCGCCGAGCAACAUGCUUGUCCUGCACUCAAGGAGGAAUGCUUCAGAUUCCUCGAGUCCUGUAACAAUAGCAUGCUGGAUCUGAUCACACGGAGUUCUGACUUUGAGCAUCUAGCAAGAAGUUGCCCGUCUAUUAUGAAGGAGCUUAUUCCCAAACUUGCUCGCAAACCUCCUUGUGUAAUAAAAUAUAGCAACAUGUAACUAGCUAUAUAUUGAGGAAGUUUCCAAAGUCCACAUUUAGUGAUCAACUGCUGUCGACGAGGAUGGGCGCAUGAUGGCCAAAGAAUGUACUGGACUGGUAGUACUGCUAUCUUUUUGCUUGGUCACGGUGCACAGCACACCUUUUUAUUUAACGUUUGAGUAUUACUAUGGAGUCAUUGAUUAUUUGAAUUAUUGAA